CUCUUCUCACAUCGUCGACCCGAGCCAUAGCUAUCUUCAACAGCAAAGCCACGCAAGUUAAUACACACCCUAGCUACUUCGUCCGCCGAAAGUCGCCCGGUGUGAACUCAUUCCAACAGCCAGCGCAUCACUUACGACAGGAUGACCCCAAAUAAAACAAACAUGACCAAUUGGCUUUCAGCGACGAGCCCCUUGAAUCCUUUCUCAUGCACGAUGGGGGCCAAGCCGCCAACUUCACUCUCAGAUCCAUUCCCUAAAUAGAGACGACAUGUGCCUGGAAUGAGAGUCUCUUGCAACAUAUCCUCUCCUCAGUUUCUGACGAUAUCCAGUAUGCCGCCUCCUUCAUCAGAAAGCGAAGAUGACACCAGCCAACAUGUCUCCAGUAGCAAGGGACAGUCUGGCCCGACAGUCAUGUAUGCCGCAGCGCCAGAUACGCCAGGAAUACCAUCAGACAACUCCCCAUCCAUCUCUGAUCUCUUUCGCGAGAUGCAAGAGACCAACCGGCUUCUCAAGCUCAUGUUGGCCGCUCACAAGCCGGAUGUGCCCUCAUCGCCGGUUUCUCAACUGUCAAGAGAGACCACCUCCAACAGUGACCCGGAUCUGGUCAAGAUGAAAGUUCGAGAGUUGGUCCGUGACAUUGCGCACCAGUCAUUCAGUCCCGCGGACCCCUCGAACAUCAAGAGAUUCAUUCGCAGCUUCAUCGAAGAACGCAUCUCACACAAGCCAAGGGAAGGCCACCAAGGAGAGUAUGGCCCCGGUGCAUACGUCCCCAUUUUUGUAUCAUUACGAGACAACCACUCCGGGCCGCUCGCAGAGAUAUACUGGAACUGGGAAAGACCGAACAAGUUGGACCCCGUUCACCGAGUCCUCAUGGACGCAUCUCAGGUCUCUAAUGUCACCAAGCAAUGGGGUUCAAGGUUCGAUCUCGAUGCUUUGACCUUUUCUCACUCUCGUGAGACAGGAUGGAUCAUCGGCAAGAGUCCUGCCCUAGAGGGAGCCAUCAUUGGAUGUCCACUGUUUUACUCUGGCCAAGGGCCAGCACAGAAGCUGGUGACGGCGAGGUCCGUCUUUGACAAGGACUGGAAGCCCAUCGCCUCAGCAAUGGCAGCCCCUGAUCACUUGACCAGCCCCGGCUCGCUGUGGCAUUGCACUGCUCCUUUGCUCGACGGCGGUUUGAUGGCUCUUGACCGCCUCGCACUCAUAACCGCCGUGGUGUUGAACAAACCCAACACCGAGACCGGCAUCGCCCACCGCUUUCUUCACGAGUUUUGUGCCGGAUGGAAACCUCUUUACCUACGUGGCAAUCGCAUGAGUCACACCGGGUGGUCAGGAAACUCGGACACCACUUACCAACACACCAUCCGCUGUUUCUCCCCCGCCAGCAGGUCUGAUAAGGUCAAUUUUGGCUUGAGGCCUCAUGCGAAAUGUGUCAGACAAUCCGGCCAGUUCCCCUCUCACCUUGCAAGCUCAUCCUCUUCCUUCACCGAACGGAGAAUGAGUCUUCUGUGCCACUGGGACUACACUUAUCCCCCCCAUGGGUUCCGUAUUGUUGCCUUGACCGAUGCUAUGACCAUGAAACAAGAUGGUGAUAUUAAUGUGUCAAAUGACUUGUUUACCGACUGGGGAGAUAGACACUUUGCUGUUGAGGGGCUGAAUGCUGGCUAUCAUUUGCUCCAAAGCAGCAUCCACCGUCUGCUCAUGUUUUGGGAAACCGAGUGGGGCCACUGUUUGGACGCAUUGGAGAGCAACGUCAACACUUCUCUCCUCGACAUUCUCGACGAUGAGACCAGCUCCCGCCUCAUGUUUGACACUUCCUUUGAACGCUCCAGAGUGUACUUCAAGACACUGCAGAUGCUUCGCAUCUUCGCCGACGCCAUUCGGGAAACUGGCCGCGAUUUGCAAGAGAUGGACCCCGAGAAGCUGAUCCAAGGGAGUUUCCGGCGCGCUGGACACGAUGUCCAAGCUUUCUUGAAACAGGACCCGCUCAAGGACAAGGCGCUCUGGAACAACUGGAAGAUUCUGUUCGACUUUCAGCAGCAAACUGAAGAAAAGCUGUUGCGAAGAAUUGCUGAAAAGACGGAGGAGAUUACCAGUUUGAGAGACGGGGUGAGUGGUGGUGAUUGGAGCAACUUGGUAGACGAACCUGUGCUAACGGUGCUGCAGCUGUUCAACGCAACCUCUCUCCGGGAAGCCUCGCGGGCGACUACAAUGAACCGAUAUGUCAUUGUUUUCACCAUCAUGACUGUUUUGUACCUACCCCCUAGCUUCACCUCUGCCCUGUUUGGCACCCCACUCUUCGAAGCCGAGUCUCAAGAGGAAACCGUGGAGCGAUUCAAGACAUCAACCAUCAUCGUGUGCGUCAUCACCUAUGUUCUCGCCAUUUCCCUCAUUUGGCUAGCCGACAAAUGGGACAUUGCCGGUGUUGUGUACCAUGACCUACGCACACUGUGGCGGGGCACCACGGACCGGCUGAGACGCAGGGGACCUGAUGGGUGGAGCUUGAGGUCAAAAUCACGGAACUCGAGUUCUGAUGCGUUGGUGGAAGGCAAGCAAGCUGUGUAGCCUCUGUCUAAGUGGUGCUGUACUUGGCCCAGACCUUCUCAUCGUACUCGUCCAUCCACUUGACAUACUCUGGCCCCGCGGCAGCCCACCCCUUAAUCCCACCCCCCAGAGCAAGACUCUGCAUCUCGGUGUCGUUUUGGGACGAGAUAUAGUCCGCCAGCCAACUGGCUGCUCUGCUCCCUCUACCUGUCGAUGAGCCUGUCCAUAGCGUUCAGCAAUCUGGGGGGACAUUUCAAAGGCAGAGCAACCUCGUGAAGGCUUACCACAAUAAAAGAUGACCUUUUUAAGCCCGGCAGCCUUGAGGGUGGAGUACACCGUUGGCAGAGUCGGAUAGAGGCUUUGAGCAGGGAGGUUGAUGGAGCCGCGGAUUGUACCGCCCUUGUUUAUCUCAGCGUCGUGAUCUCAUACGACGAAAAAGGAUGCAAAUGGGAAACACCUACCUCAAAGUCGUUUCUUCUCAGGUCAACCAGCACGGUAUCUUUUCUCCCGUUGGCGAGAAUGGACAGGACCUCGUCACGGGGGAUGAAGACGGUUUGAGAAGAGGGGGCGGGGUAGGCGGCGUGCCAGGGUGCUGGGACAGGAGUGUCUGUGGACAUUUUGCGGAGGGAGUAGGUGUGCAAUUGGUGAGGUCGGAUUGUCCUGGAUUUUGGAAAGCUGCGUACCGAACGAAGAGAUGUUGAUAUAAGGAACCUGUUCAUUGCAAUCGUUGCAAGAGUUGACGAGAGAACCUCGUCCGGCAAUGAUGCCGGAUCAUGCAUGGCGGGGCAAUGGGAAGAAGGAAUGUCACUGGCGACUUGUGAUUGGUUGGGAACGAACAAACUCCCCGAACCCACCUCUUGUCAGUGCUGCCGGGUCCAUAACAAGGGGGUCGAAAGGGGGUCCAAUAACAUGUUCAAAAUACGGGUCACGAAAGGUAUCACAGAUGAUUGUCAUGAUGCACAGGUAACAAACGUCAAAAACUUUAUGGGAUUAUACUUUCACAAUUAUGUAGGCAAGGUAAGCACUCAACGGCCACGGAAAAGACAAGACACGCCCCUCCUCAUCAGCCCCUGAUUUCAAGGCCUAGAAGGCAUCCCCCUCCCCCACCGUCCCAAAACCUCCCCAAUCUCCCCCUCCCUCCUCCGAAUCCUCUCAUUCUCCCUAUCCACCAGCUCCAGCAGCCUCAGCGUCAAGCUCUCCCAAUACCACAAGCUCCCCUCCAGCCCUCUCAGCGUCCUGAUCCUCCUAAGCGAAGUAUCAAACGCCUUCCCCCUCGCCAACCACUCCUUUGGGUCCAAACCCAAAAGCGUGUUCCACAGAAACGUCGCAGCGGCGUACCGCUCACAGAUGGCGUCCCCAAAGCGUUUAAGCUCGACAGACAGGGCUUGGUUGGCGGGAACGAGGUCAGCGCGGAUGAGGGCUUUGGCUGCUAGCAACCAGCCUUCGUGCGUGGUGGCGAGACGGGCUUUGCAGUCCCGCAGCCGCUCGAUGGCGUCGUCGAGGGGGAUGAGGUUGUCGUCGCUCCGGACGAGGGGGUUGGAGGGUGAUUCUUGGAAUUCGGGGAUGGGUGGUAACCUGCUGGGGUGCCCUUGCCGGGAGGUUGCCUCACGGAGUUGGGAUUGGGUGGUGGAAAAGAGGCGGAUUUCCUCUUCUUGGAUGGGGCGGAGGGAGGAAGAGGAGCGGCGGUUGUUAUUGGUGCUGCUGCUGCCCCGAGUUGCGGGGGGCCGCCGUGUGUGAACCUGGCUGGCGGAUUCGCUUGGGGUGACGGAGCAGGGCCGGGAUGCUACGAGGUCCAACCAGUCUAUAUCAUCGUUAUUAUUUGGCUCCAUUUUGAAGAGUGAAUGGAUGAAAAGCUUACCAAUGGUGAGGAUGACGUGUUGAAUGUUGUUCUUAGUGCUUUCUGCCUCCGUCUUACUUGUUGUGAGAGAAAGGCUUUUGUGAGGAUGAAGGGAAUCUAAGAGAAGAUGCCAAUGGGAGCAAAAGCCCGUCUUUAAUGCUUACAGCUUGAGGGUCAGAAACCUAUUCUUGUCCCAACAAAGGCAUUGUCGAC